AUGAGCGAUGAUAGCUCUCAGCCGGAUUGGAGCAAAGUAUCUCUCAGUGAUGAUUUCAUAUGGGCCGAUGGUGUAAGCGGCAACGGCCAUCCUUUCAAGAUUGGGGCCCUGAAACCAAAAACUCCGUCGACAGCCGACGCAGACCAGGCUCCGGAGCUCGGCAAGAACGCAACCAUUGGCACCAACAACGAAGAAACAUUCUCUGUUGCCAGCAAAGUCCCCUUCGACAUCAAGGUCGACUGGCCACGUUCAUACACGGAUGAGUGGUUCGACCCCACCGCGGAGGAGACCAGGACUACCAGCAUCACACGAUACAGCCUACAAGUUGCUGGCCCCUUCGGCUUACAUCAGUUCAGCUUUAGCUGUACGGAGCCGUACCAUUUUUAUUUCUAUGACAAGACCGGCGAUUGGUAUGGGGUCAAUGUCUUGUGGCCGAGGCCGUGGUCGUAUCACACGGUGUACUUUUGGUCAAGCAAUGCUGAUAUUGUAAGGGUAACUGGUUCAUAG